AUGCCAGGCGUGAAACCCGUGAAAGAACGCGAAAUGCUUACAUGGAGUGGGAUCAGCUUGAGUCCCGAAGAGCGUAACAGGGCACAGGUAGCUACAUUGAGAAGCGGAGUGAAGGAUCGCGCGGCCGAAUUUGUGGCCGAGCUCACAAGUAAUCAAUUCGAGACGCUGGCCAAGGAUCUGAUUCUUCAGUUUCCAUUGACGAUGUGGUUUAAGAAAGGUGGAGCUGGGACGGUAGCCUCGCUUCAACGACUAUCUCAGGGAAACAAGUCGUUCUAUGAGUAUAUGGGGGAGGCCUACACAUUGCGAUCCGAAAUCCAGCCACAUAUUGAGGCCACGUUAGUAAAGGCAUGGUGCGGUGGCAUUGCUGAUCAGACGAUGCGAGAAUACCUACUCAUGGAACUAAAGUAUUUGCAGGAAAGGCACUUUGAGUUCAGUCGUACUUUAGACAAAGUGAUGGACUAUGUCCAUCUUUAUUUGGAUAAAUGA